GCUUCCCUCUGCCCUCACUGAGCGUGACAUUCUGAGAGACCCUGGGGCUUUAGUACAAAAUGUGGGCCAAGUUCAUCUGUCCACCAGAGCAGGUCUCUUGACUGCCACCAUCUGUGGGUGGGGUGUGGUGGCGUGGGGGGAUAUGUGGGAGGGAGGCAGAAAGUGGCUGCUGAGUGUGACCAAGCACGUGCAAGGGGCACAUAGCGUAAGCCCAUCAGCCCACACACGCUUGCCCACUCUGGACCCUCCCUGACACCCUGCUCCAUCCUUCCUCCCCUCUCCAAUACCUUCUUCAGCAUGGUUUCCUUUACUUCUCUGGCUGCGCCUCCUUCUCCAGCCUCUGUCGUGAUCUUACUUCUCCCUAAUGGACACCUUCUCCAUGGGUGACUUCAUCCACCCCAGGCUUCAGGCCUACAUCUCAGCCCUUCAGUCUUCCCUGGGCUCCAGAUCCAGCCUGGACGUCUGUCCCACACCCUACUCUGUCCCUCACCUCCCCGACACCUGCUCUUCCUCCUCAGGCUUUACUUCAACAUGUAACUCCGUCUGGGACUUCCCUGGCGGUUCAGUGGUUAAGACUCCCCGCUUCCAGUGCAGGGCGCGCGUGUUCGAUCCCUGGUCGGGGAAUUAAGAUAUAACUCCAUCAUCAACCCAUCUUCUGCGAGACAUCCCCUGGCUUCUCCAUUCUGAUGCCUCACAUCCAGCCAGCACAGGUCUGGGUCGAUGUUAUCUCCUACAAAGCUCCUGACUGAAUGAAUAAAUGAAUGAAUGCGAGCUUGCUGGAGGCGGGGCCCGGCGGGGCAGCAACCGGACCGCUUGCAACCAUAGAGCCCGCCCAGAGGCUGGCGCUAGAGUGGCGCAUGCGCUGCGGCGUGCGUCGCAUUCUCUCGGAAGUCUUCCAGGGCGGAGGCGGAAACGGAAACCUACCGAGGGCCGAGGAGGAAUCUUGCGCGUGUGGAGGUUGCGUUUACCUGUCCGUAGGCCUCAUGGCGGUCCGAGCGUCGUUCGAGAACAACUGUGAGAUCGGCUGCUUUGCCAAACUUACCAACACCUACUGCCUGGUGGCCAUCGGAGGGUCAGAGAACUUCUACAGUGUGUUCGAGGGCGAGCUUGCUGAUAGCAUCCCUGUGGUGCACGCUUCCAUCGCUGGCUGCCGCAUCAUCGGGCGCAUGUGUGUGGGGAACAGGCAUGGUCUCCUUGUGCCCAACAACACCACCGACCAGGAGCUACAACACAUUCGCAACUGCCUCCCAGACUCAGUGCAGAUCCGGCGGGUGGAGGAACGGCUCUCAGCUCUGGGCAAUGUCACCACCUGCAAUGACUAUGUGGCCUUAAUCCACCCAGACCUGGAUAGGGAAACAGAAGAAAUCCUGGCCGACGUGCUAAAGGUGGAAGUCUUCAGACAGACAGUGGCUGACCAGGUGCUGGUAGGAAGCUACUGUGUCUUCAGCAAUCAGGGAGGGCUGGUACAUCCCAAGACUUCAAUUGAAGACCAGGAUGAGCUGUCCUCUCUCCUUCAGGUCCCCCUUGUGGCGGGCACUGUGAACCGAGGCAGCGAGGUGAUCGCCGCUGGGAUGGUAGUGAAUGACUGGUGUGCCUUCUGUGGCCUGGACACAACCAGCACAGAGCUGUCAGUGGUGGAGAGUGUUUUCAAGCUGAACGAAGCCAAGCCUAGCACCGUUGCUACCAGCAUGAGGGAUUCACUCAUUGACAGCCUCACCUGAGUCACUGUCCAUGCUGUUCUGUGGGCUUCUGGCUCUGGAGUUUGGCUUCGUCUCCACAUCCCACCCAGUCUGUCCUGGAUGCUGGUAGGGCGGUGUCAGAGAACUCACCUGGACUCUGGCUGGAUGCCCAGCCCGUCUUCACCUGUGUCCAUCACCUGAAUCUAUAGUUACUGCAAAACUGCCACGUCAUGCUGGCUGGCAGGUCCUAUGGCUUCUGGCUGAGAGCUCUGUUGUCUGUGCCACUCCAUUAAAGGGCAGCUUCUUC